AUGGGGUACAAUUGUGAUUACUGUGGGGAGGCAAGAUCAAUGGUGUAUUGUCGAUCAGAUGCAGCUUACUUGUGCUUAUCAUGUGAUCGAAAUGUUCACUCUGCAAAUCCACUAUCAAAGCGCCACAUGAGAACGCUUGUAUGUGAUACAUGUAAUUCACAGCCUGCGGUUGUUAGAUGUGUGGAUGAAAAAGCAUCUCUUUGUCAGAAUUGUGAUUGGGUAGGUCACAAUGGAGCUAAUUCAAGUGCAAGUUCACAUAGUCGACAAACGUUAAAUUGUUAUUCAGGAUGCCCUUCGGCUGUUGAACUUUCUUCUAUUUGGUCCUUUAUGGAAUCUUGUGAACAAGAUAUGGAAUCAAUGAGCAUCGCUGAUAACAGCCAAGAACAUUCUGAAAACAAGACUCAAGAUUCAUCACUGCCAGAUGAGAAUAAGAGUGAUUGGAUGGGUUCUUUCAACGUCCAGGGUGAUGAUAAUAAGUCGCAAGACAUCUUUCACCAAGUAAAACCCUUGAAUUCUUCUCAAUCAAAGGUAUCAUAUUCAAGGACAAAAGAUUCUGAACAACUCGUGGAUGAUGGGCUCUACGAUGAUUUCACCAUGGAUGAAGUUGACAUGAACAUCGAAAACUAUGAAGAACUCUUUGGUGUAGGCCAUAACGACCCAAAACAUCUUUUUGCAAAAGAUGGAAUCGAUAGCUUGUUUGGCAUGAGAGACUCAACAAAGGAGCCAGAAUGCAGUCAAGCAGCCUCAGUGGAUUCAUUAAUGAGCUGCAAAACCGAACCAAACGCGUGUUAUGCAAAGCAACAUUCAAAUCUUUCAUUUUCAAGUCUAACUGGUGGUGAUAGCAGUGGUGGUGAAUAUCAAGACUGUGGGGCCUCAUCUGUGGUUCCAAUGGGUGAGCCACCUUGGUGCACCCCUGGUCCAGGAAGCACUAGUAUCAGGAGUGAUGCUGUUCUUCGUUACAAGGAAAAAAAGAAGAUGCGCAAAUUUGAGAAGAGAGUAAGGUAUGCAACGCGAAAGGCGAGGGCAGAUGUGAGAAAACGUGUGAAAGGUCGGUUUAUUAAGGCUGGUGAGGCUUAUGAUUAUGAUCCCAUGACUGAAACGAGAAGCUUCUGAGAACCACAUGUAUGAAAACUGUCGAAUCAAAUCCUUGUUUAACUUGUCAUCUUACUUGGUAAGAAGAUGAGUGAAGAGAAUUUAGUGAUGGUGAAUUGUUAUGUUUCUGAUUGAUGGUAUGUACAGGAUGAAGAAGAUCUUUGUAAAUUACAGAUGGAUUUAGGGUUUGAGUCUUGACAAUUUUAUAGUUCGUCUGUUGAUGGAUUUUAUGUUUUGUAGUGUGUAGUAUUUUUGGGGAAGUUUUAAGGAUUCCAUUCUUGUUUUCUGAGAUUGUUUCGAGCAAGAAUAAGGUAGUUUCUGUUCGAGGUAUGGUAGCUUUGGUGUAACAUGAAAAGAAAUCAAUAAAGACGGAUUGGAUUUUAGAUACCCAUGUAGUGAGAAUAAGCACCAAUGAAGUUGAUAACGAACAUGCAAAAUGUAGCAAGGUUUAAAUCAACAAAAUUAUGUUUAUAUUUCUUUCAUAGGAUGUGGCCAUUGCGUUAUCUCAAUUGGGCAUUUGAGAUUCUUUUCGGUGUUAAAGGUUUUCUAUGAUAAGAUAAGG